AGUUCGGCUGAUGUUUUUGAACAUAGUAAAAGCAAUAAUUCUACCGCGUGGUCAAGUGCUUUUCUUACAUUUUGGGCAAGUCUGAUUUUGUUUCAAAAUAUCGUACCAAUUUCUUUAUAUAUUACAAUCGAAGUAGUCAAGACCGUUCAAGCGUAUUUUAUACAUUCUGACAUCGACAUGUAUUAUCCAAAACUUGAUUAUCCUUGUACCCCAAAAACAUGGAAUAUUUCUGAUGAUCUGGGUCAAAUAGAAUACAUAUUUUCUGAUAAAACUGGUACUCUUACUCAAAAUGUCAUGGAAUUUCGUAAAUGUACCAUUAAUGGUAAUUCUUCGGAUGAGGUUGAUCUUGUGGCAGAAAAGCAAUUAAUGUUGAAAGAAAUGUCCAUGCUAUUUGAUAAUCAAUAUAUGUCAUCAAAUCUUACUUUUAUUGAUUCUAAUCUGUUUUGUGAUCUCAGAGCAGAAAAUAAACAAUCUAAAGCCAUACAAGAUUUUUUUUCUGCUCUCGCUCUUU